AUCACUGCGCAGACUCAGUGAGUGUAGCUGCUGUAAUGGCAGUGUUAUGUUGGCGGCGAACUCUCGCCUCCUCGUACUAUCGCCUUGUUUAUACACACAUCUAUGUAUAUAUAAUAUAUACACUCGCUUUUACUGUUCUUCGACAACAUUCCUUGGCUAGCUGAGGUGAUAAGAAAAGCGAAUUAUUGAAAGGAAACCCCGAAAAACCCGCCCCAAGACAUCCCAAACAGAAGAGAAACCGACCCCAGUUGGUGGUUUUGCUGGUCUAUUUCCCUCCUUCGUCAUCAAUUUCUCUUCCUUGUUCCUCUCCAACAAAUCGUCGAGGACAUCAUGGAUUCCAUCAAAGACAACAUAGACAUAGCCUGCUAUUUCAUCACAAAACAUUCUUGGAAAGGAAAAUAUAAGCGCAUUUUCUCUGUUGGCACCCAUGGCAUUACAACUUAUAACCUCAACACGUUGGAGAUCACCAAUCGGUGGCCCUACAGUGAAUUUAUUAGUAUUGUGCCGAAUAGUAAGGCACCCACCAAUAAUGAAUUCUCCAUUACAAUGCGCAAGAAUCAGCGUAAAAUAGAGACAAUGAGGUUCUCAACAGACCACCGACCAGACCUUUUGACGGAGGCAUUGCGUUUCCGAAAACUAUUUGCUGAACAGAACACCAAUGUCAAGCGAUUCAAUGCCUUCAAAUAUCACUGGUCAGAAACUCGUGUCACUGUGAUCCUUGAGGUCAAUCCCUCGUCACUGGAUCAAGUCGAUCCAGCAACAAAUAAAGUCUUAGUUUCAUAUGAUUACAAAGACAUGGAAGGUUUAACUAUGGUGUCUGAUUACCCAGGGGGUGUGGCUGUGAUAUACGGAGGCAACAGUCGAUUGCAUCUGUUUGUGCUGGACCAGAAAGAACAGCUGAUCAAGAGUAUAGCAGACUCGGCGGCGAACAAUAUUGGAAUUUCUGUAAAAUGUAGAAAAGAUCCCAUCACAUUUGACCAGUUUCUUUCCCACAAAUUUGGUAAUUUCAGUUCGGAUGAAUGUUUAACUUCCUACUCAGAAUUUGUAGUCCAGAAAAUCUCGCCCCGCCACAAUGAUUGUGUUCGACGAACCCUGUGUCUUACUGAAAACUGUUUGGUCGAACGUGAUCCAGCCACAUACAAUGUAGUCACUUGCAAGCCUCUCUGUGAUAUAUUUGCUAUUAUCCGUUAUAAUGAGAACCCUCAGAGAUUUAGUGUUGAACACGUGAAAGGUGAUGUGAGGACAUACCAAUCAACCGAUAGGGAUGCCUUAUUAGCAUCAUUGUUAGACGGUGUCCGUGCAUCUGGCAACCGAGAUGUUUGUGUGAAGAUGAGUCAAACUAAAAGAGGAUACCGAUUGGGUCCCUUCACAGUACCAGUUGAUGAAGAAGUGGAAAGUCAGCACUUGAGGUUUAUUCAUAGUCCUCCACCCAAUAUGAGUCACCAUGAAGCUGUUGAGAGAUUCAACUGUAACACAUCCUACAGUGGUCUGAUGCAUGCCGUCACCCAAGAUGGCCUAUUUGCUGAGAACAAAGAGAAAUUGAUAAAUGCUGCACUAUCAGGUCUACUUGAACGCGAGGGUGACCAAGAUAACAUCACCUCCGAAGCUUUAGAAGCACAGUUCCAGGCCUUACGUCGACUGGUCGCUUCCAAAGCAGGAUUUCAAGCCUUCACUAGUCUGACCAAAAUGCGAGAGAGAGUUGGUAUUAAGGUUGUGAAAGCACUGAAGCGUAACGAUAAUGCGGUUACCCAUGCAGCUGUUGACAUGCUGUGUGCAUUGAUGCAGCCAAUGCAUGAUGACUACGACAUCCGACAAGAACAGAUGAAUAAAUACUCUCUAAUGUCUUCGAGAAAAUUCCUUGAAAGUCUUCUUGAGAUGUUCAACUAUCAUGUGGUACAUGCCACAGGUGCUUUGGUGAUUUCAUCCAUGUUGGAUUUUUUAACAUUUGCUCUGUGUGCUCCCUAUAGUGAAACAACAGAAGGGGCCCACUUUGACACCAUGCUGGAGAUGGUUGCUGCAAAUGGUAGAAUUGUCUUCAAAUUAUUUCAGCAUCCCUCUAUGGCCAUUGUGAAAGGUGCUGGUCUGGUGAUGAAAGCCAUUAUUGAGGAAGGUGAUGCUGAAAUUGCUGCCAAAAUGCAAGACUUGGCUCUUGGAGAAGGUGCUUUACCCAAACAUCUCCACACAGCCAUGUUCACACAAAGUGCCGAUAGUCGCAUGCUGACUAACAGACAACUGAGUCGUCAUCUGGUUGGACUUUGGGUGACUGGUCACCCCACAGCUAUGCAUCUACUUGGGAGAAUAAUGCCAAGUGGCCUGCUGUCCUACCUGGACUCACCUGACGAGGUACCAACUAUUGAAGAGGACAAACUACACGUGAGAGACAAUGUAAAGCUGGCUCAGGACCGGCAAAACAGACACAAGAAAAAUCCACAACUCCAGUUGAUUGAGAAAAAAAUUGACCACUUUCUUCAACAUUGGCGAGCUCAGAUGGGAUUGGAAUCUAGUAAAAAACAGAAUGAUGUAAAACCGAUUGUAUUACGAAAGCGUCGACAACGAAUCAAAAGUGAAGCGAACUGGCUUCUCUUUUACCAUCAUUUCAACCAUGAUCAUGCCAGACCAAAUUUAAUUUGGAACUAUAAGACGCGAGAAGAGCUACGGGAAGCUUUGGAGAAUGAAAUGCGAGCGUUCAAUGUUGACCGAGAGUUGGGGUCGAAUCACGUUAUUGCAUGGAACCACCAAGAAUUUGAAGUACCUUUUAACUGUCUAAGUGAUGAAAUUAAAAUUGGUGACUAUUAUCUGCGUUUACUACUGGAGGAAGGGGAAGAAUCCACCGAGACGUUAGGCAUAAAGCGAUCUUAUGAAUUCUUCAAUGACCUCUACCACCGUUUCCUGCUGACCACCAAAAUUCCAAUGAAGUGCAUGUGUUUGCAGGCAAUGGCAAUAGUAUAUGGUAAAUGCCACCAAGAAAUUGGUCCAUUCAAUGAUACACGUUAUAUUAUUGGCAUGCUGGAAAGAUGUACAGACAGACUAGAAAGGGAUCGAUUGAUCUUGUUCGUUAACAAAUUGAUAUUACACACGAAAAAUAUCAAAGAAAUUCUUGAUUCAAAUGGAAUUAAAAUCCUUGUAGAUUUGCUAACUUUAGCUCACCUACACACCAGCAGGGCAGUUGUUCCCUUACAGAGCAAUCUUCUGGAAGCUGGCGUUGACAUGAAACGAGAAAGUGAAAAAGAAUGGUAUUAUGGAAAUGCUGACAAAGAACGCUUGGGACCAUACAGCUAUGAAGAGAUGAAAAAUCUGUGGAAUGAGAAUGUGAUCAAUGCAAAAACCCGAUGCUGGGCGCAGGGCAUGGAUGGCUGGAGAGCGUUACAGAAUGUCACCCAACUCAAGUGGAAGCUGAUGGCGACGAGUCAACCCGUCAUGAAUGAGACCGAACUUGCCAAACUCGUUCUCAGCAUGUUGAUCCGCAUCGUUGAACAUUACCCCAGCAGAGAUACGGACGGUGCGAUCGUUCGACCACUUCCACGGGCUAAAAGAUUGCUGUCUGAUGCUACCUCUUUACCUCACAUAGUUCAGUUACUCCUGACCUUUGACCCUGCCUUAGUGGAGAGGGUCGCCAUCCUUUUGUAUGAAAUAAUGCAGGACAAUCCAAAUGUAUCCCGACUCUAUUUGACUGGGGUCUUCUACUUCAUCAUGAUGUACACUGGGUCUAACGUCUUACCCGUUGCACGCUUCCUCAAGUACACCCAUCUGAAGCAAGCUUUCCGCUCCGAGGAGAACAAAACUUCUGACAUUAUGCAGCGCAGUGUCAUGGGCCACCUCCUACCUGAAGCCAUGGUUUGUUACCUGGAAAAUUACUCUGCGGACAGAUUUGCAGAAAUAUUUCUUGGAGAGUUCGACACACCUGAGGCAAUAUGGAGCAAUGAAAUGAGACGGAUGAUGAUUGAGAAAAUUGCUUCCCACCUGGCUGAUUUUAGCCCUCGACUGCAGAGUAACACUCGUGCCCUUUAUCAAUACUGUCCUAUCCCAGUGAUCAGCUACCCGCAGCUGGAAAACGAACUUUUCUGUAAUAUAUACUACCUUAAACAUCUGUGUGAUACAAUGAACUUCCCAGAUUGGCCAAUCAAAGACCCGGUACGUCUGCUGAAGGAUAUUUUGGAUGCGUGGAAGAAGGAGGUGGAGAAGAAACCCCCUAGCAUGUCCAUAGAGGAAGCUUACCAAGUUUUAAACCUGAAUAAAGUCCCUGCCGGACACGAAGAAGCUAAAGUACGAAAGGCCUACUUUCGACUGGCCCAGAAAUACCAUCCUGAUAAGAACCCCGAUGGCAGGGAAAUGUUUGAAAAGGUCAACAAGGCUUAUGAGUUUCUCUGUAGUAAAAAAAAGAAAGCUGUCCAAGGCCCUGAUCCGGAGAACAUCGUCCUUAUUCUCAAAGCUCAAUCUAUUCUGUUUAACAGACACAAGAGUGUGCUAGAACCAUAUAAAUAUGCUGGUUAUCCGAUGCUAAUAAAAACCAUUAAGAUGGAAACCCAGGACGAGACCUUGUUCUCCAAAUCCGCACCACUUUUGGCUGCCGCCAGUGAAACGGCUUAUUACACAGUCAACUGCUCAGCUUUGAAUGCGGAGGAACUUCGACGGGAAAACGGUAUAGAGGCAUUACAAGAUGCUUUCACUCGCUGCGUUGACGUGUUGAGCCUCUCCACCACACCUGAUGAUGUUGCAGCUCAGGUUUGCAUGCAUGUUACCCAGUGUUACUCGGUGGCUUCGCAGUUUGAAGGAUGUCGUGAGAAGAUACAAGAAAUGGCAUCUAUUAUCCGGGAUCUUACAAAGAUACUUUUCUACAAGAAUUUACAGAAGCUGUGUUCUGAAGUUGCCGCCUGCAUUAGUGCAUUCUGCAUUGACUACUGGUUGCAGACACAUCUUUACCAGGCAGGUGUGAUUUGGCCACUGCUACUGUACAUGUUCCAGUAUGACUACACUUUGGAAGAGAGCGGCGUGGAGAAGAACAAGAACUCCAAUCAACAGGAGGAGUCGAACCAGUUGGCGUGCCUGUGUGUGGUAGCAUGUGCCCGGCUAGCGGGCUACAAUAGUACCGCAGACGGCUCGUGUCCCGACAACCCGGCUGUGAAGAAGUCCUUGUGUGCCAUGCUGACUCCAUAUCUGUCCAGGAAGUUGGCCAAUGAAAAUCCAUUCGAACUUCUAAAGUUGUUGAACAGUAAUACAGAGAACCCUUACCUAAUAUGGAAUAAUUCCACACGGACACAACUCACAGAGUAUUUGAUUGAUCAGCAACUGAAGAAGAAAUUGUUUCUAGACGCUUCAACAUGCCUCAGAGACAACAGCUUUCUACAAAUUGGUGAGAUGGGAGAUUGUGAUCCUGACUAUGGUGCUAAGUUUGUAUUCAAGGAUCAUGAGAAGGAACUGGUUGUUGGCGAAAUCUUUGUGCGUGUCUACAAUGAGCAGCCCGCUUUUGUACUUGAGAACCCCAAAGGUUUUACAAUUGACCUUUUAGACUUCCUUGGUUCUGAAGCUCAGUAUCUGUACUCUUUGAUGGCUCUUCAGCAACAAAACCGUAACUUUGGCAGUGGACAGGGAAGUACGAGUGACCGAUUAAAGAAUGUUGAAAUGGCCCUGGAAGCUUUGAGAAAUGUGAUAAAAAAUAAUCCUGGUGUUGAAAUUCAGUGUAUUGGACAUUUUAAAUUGUUGUUCUCCCUGCUGCGACUUGAGAACUGUGCUAAACUACAGCAGUGUACACUUGAGGUGAUCAACAGUGUGACUUCCAACCAGGAAUGUGUGAAUGAUAUUGCAGCUUCUGAGAUCCUCUCCUAUCUCUUACUUGCCAUUCAGGGAUUACCUCAAUGUCAUCUGCUGAUAUUAGAAAGUUUGUUUGCUUUGAUGUCAAACACGAAAAUUGUGAAAGAAGCUUUAUCGAAAGGAGCCCUUGUAUAUUUAUUGGACCUGUUUUGCAAUUCGGUGAAUCCGUUGGUCCGAGAGAAAACCUCGGAAUUAUUUGCAAAAAUGUUGAGCGAUAAAUUAGUCGGCCCUAAGGUGCGGAUUAUUCUAGCCAAAUUUCUUCCUAAUAUUUUCAUGGAUGCGAUGCGAGACUCUCCUGAAGCAAGUGUACAUAUGUUUGAAGGAACACACGAGAACCCAGAGUUAAUCUGGAAUGAUGACGCCAGGGAGAAAGUCUGUGACUUAAUCAAGAAACUUAAAGCUCAACAUUAUCGUGCCCAAAGAGACAACCCUGACACCAGAUGGAGCCUCCCAGAUGACUUUGCCAUGGUUUACUCUGACGUGCAGGGAGAACUUGCGAUCGGAGGUGUCUUCUUACGACUGUUCAUUGCAAAUCCCAGUUGGGUCCUACGGAAGCCUAAGGAAUUUCUGACGGAGCUAAUGGAGAAAUGGGUUCGCCUUAUUGAAGAUAGAUCCCCAGAUGGUGAAAUUUUGGAGACAGUGACGAUGGCACUGGUGUGCCUAUUCCAAUCACAGGUUGGGUUACUCGACCAAGUCCCUGGCCUUGGCUACAUUCCCCAUAUAUUCCAAGUGAUGCAUGCCAAAAACCCAGCUAUACCCAAAUCUGCCAUUCAAAUUCUUCACCAGCUGAGCAAUAGUGAGUUAUGUAUACGGAGCAUGGGCUCAAUAGAGUGUAUAGGCUCUCUGAAAGCUGGCAUGAAGACUCGUAAAGAUAUGAUCGUAUAUGCUGCUGAGAGCUUGGCCAAAAUGUUUGAGAAAGGCGAAGAGGAACUUGUUUCACAGGCAAUCAAACAUGAGCUGAUAGCAUUCCUGCUGUGGGUGCUACAGAAUCCUCUAGAAGCUACAGAAAACCCUGCUGCUACCAAAGCUCAGAUUGUGAAAGCCCUGAAGUGUAUGCAGAGAAGUCUAUUGUAUGGUGAACAGGUGACGUCAAUUUUAGAUAAAUCGACUGUUUGGAAAGAAUACAAGGACCAAAAACACGAUCUUUUCAUAUCAGACGCCAACAUAUCGGGGUAUCUAACAGGUCCUGGAGUUGCUGGCUACUUAACCAGUGGAGUACGUCCAAACCUGCCCGAUGCCCCGCCACCUUUGGACACAAGUCACCAGGAGGAAUUCCACUGAAAAACCAAAAAAAAGAAAAAUGCAGAAAGUAAUUUAAAAUACCAAAAAAUAAAAAAAAACAAACCAAAACCCCCC